CCUGGCUUCGGCCUCGAGACACCUUCCCCUCUUCUGGCCUUGGCGCGACGGGCUUCGGGGACGCGGCCACCAGCGGCUCCUGGAGGCGUCUGGAGCUCUCCGCCCGUGGGGGCUCACGGAGGCUGCAGCAGACUGUUGAGAAAGCAGAACAGUAAUGGAGUUCAUGAGCACCGGAAGUGACAAUAAAGAAGAAAUCGAUCUAUUGAUGAGACAUUUGAACGUGUCUGAUGUAAUAGACAUUAUGGAAAACCUUUAUGCGAGUGAAGAGCCUGGUGUUUAUGAACCUCAUCGAAUGACCCGGUGUCAAGACAGGAAUGAAAACGAGGAGCGCUCAGACUCUCUUCUCCUCAGCGGGCAGGAGGUACCCUGGUUGUCAUCUGUCAGAUAUGGCACCGUGGAAGAUUUGCUUGCUUUUGCAAACCAUAUAUCUAAUACUGCCAAGCGCUUUUAUGGACACCACCCACAAGAAUCUGGAAUUUUAUUAAAUAUGGUGAUCACACCCCAAAAUGGACGCUACCAAAUAGACUCUGAUGUUCUCCUUGUGCCUUGGAAACUGACAUACAGGAAUAUUGGUUCUGAUUUCAUCCCCCGGGGGGCCUUUGGAAAAGUGUACCUAGCACAAGAUAUGAAGACUAAGAAAAGAAUGGCAUGUAAACUGAUCCCAGUGGAUCAGUUUAAGCCAUCCGAUGUGGAGAUCCAGGCUUGCUUCCGGCAUGAGAACAUUGCUGAAUUAUAUGGCGCCGUUCUCUGGGGUGAAACUGUCCAUCUCUUCAUGGAAGCAGGCGAGGGAGGGUCCGUUCUGGAGAAACUGGAGAGCUGUGGGCCAAUGAGAGAAUUUGAAAUCAUCUGGGUGACAAAGCAUGUUCUCAAGGGACUUGAUUUUUUACACUCAAAGAAAGUGAUACACCAUGACAUUAAACCUAGCAACAUUGUUUUCAUGUCUACAAAAGCUGUUCUAGUGGAUUUUGGCUUGAGCGUUCAAAUGACUGAAGACAUCUAUUUUCCUAAAGACCUCCGAGGAACAGAGAUUUACAUGAGUCCAGAGGUGAUCCUGUGCAGGGGCCAUUCCACCAAAGCAGACAUCUACAGCCUGGGGGCCACCCUCAUCCACAUGCAGACAGGCACUGCACCCUGGGUCAAGCGCUACCCUCGCUCGGCUUACCCUUCCUACCUGUACAUAAUCCACAAACAGGCGCCUCCUUUAGAAGAUAUUUCUGAUGACUGCAGUCCGGGUAUGAGAGAACUGAUGGAGGCAGCUCUGGAGAGGAACCCCAAUCACAGGCCCAGGGCUGCAGAUCUACUGAAACAUGAUGCCCUGAACCCCCCCAGAGAGGACCAACCCCGCUGUCAGAGCCUGGAUUCAGCCCUCUUUGAGCGGAAGAGACUGCUGAGUAGGAAGGAGUUGGAACUUCCAGAGAACAUUACAGAUUCUUCCUGCACAGGAAGCACUGAGGAAUCUGAGAUGCUGAAGAGGCAACGGUCUCUCUACAUAGAUCUGGGAGCGCUAGCUGGCUAUUUCAACCUUGUGCGUGGCCCCCCGACCCUCGAAUACGGCUGAUUGUUGACAUCAUUUGAUCUGAACAAAGAUCUAGCAUUUAUUUCCCAGGCACGGGGCGUGCCCACUCUUCACAGACGCUCUGUGAAGUGAACUGUGCCCUUUGUUGGAGGGGGAGGGAGGCUCCCUUGAUUCAUACAUGGGACCCCACGUGGCUCUUGUGUGUUUGAUUUGUGAAACUACUCUGGUUUCUAACCAGAUCUCAAAGUUCUCAUUUCUUAGGCAGUGUGACUCAAAGGGAAGAAGUCAAAAAUGAUCAGGGAAGGAUUGUUUAUGAUUCCAUUCACUGUGCACUUUGCUCUCAGUUUUAACAGUACCAAUCACAAGGAUAAUAGAGUAGCUUAAAAUUACUAUUCUUGGUUCUAAGUUAAGUAAGGACACUUUAUGUAAGUCAGAACAGUUAUUUUAUGUAUAUUGGUGUAUAUUAUCUGAUAAUCCUUUGAGCCUUUGUGGGUAGAAUCUAGUAUAAAGUUAUAGAUGGGGGAUUAGAACAACUUGAUUAACAAAGCAAUAAGCUGAACUAGUGUCUUUAAAAAUGGCUUAACUGAUUUGGUAGAAGCCAUCCUACAACAGGCCACUAGUGACAGGUUCUACUAUGUUCCUAUGGAAACAUUUUGUACUGUAUAUGCUAUGAGUAAAACAUUUAAAACGUGAUGUUUUGAAUGUGAAUAAAACUGUGUAAACCACAUAAUUUCUGUACAUCCCAAAGGAUGAGAAUGUGACCUUUAAGAAAAACAGAAACUUUUGUAAAUUCUUGAUGAUGCUACUUUUGUAAUUCUUAUGAGUAUUUUUUCAAGCAUUUGUAUAUUAAAAUAGCAUACUGUGUAUGUUUUAUAUCAAAUGCCUUCUUGAAUCUUUCUCACACAUAUGUAUUUUUUAACAUUGUAAAGUAGGUAACUAUUCCUACACAAAGUAUGUUUUGAUGUCAUACAAAUGAA